AUGGGCAAUCAAUCUAAUUAUUUAUCAAUAUCCGAUAUAUUAGUAACUAACGAAAAAGUACCGUGUAAAUUUUUGCACGAUUUGCCUAAAAUGGGAUUUUUAGACCCAGCAUCAACUGAGGAUGAUUUAAAAACUGGAACUAAUGUCGAAAUUCCGUUAUGGUUAGCGGAGUCACUAUAUUCUCGUAGGCCACCUUUAGUUAGCGUAGACUUACCUAAAAUAUAUAAAGAAGCAUACAGAGAAAUAUUAAACGCAGACGCCUGCACAGUAGAUUUACAUAAACUAGGGCAGCAUUUUUAUGAACUUGGAUGCUAUAUUGCAAAACAUGAUAUAAAAGGCGAAGUCGGUAAUACAUUAGUUAAUACCUUCAGACAGAGAUUCAGAAUGAUAUUGUCGGCUAGUGCAUCGACAGAUUCUAUUAGUGCUUUGCAACCACUUUCUGAUACUGAAAGAGAGCGCACAGCUGGAGCUGCUUCAACUGAAAAGGCACUAUCAACUUGGUUGAAAAGAGGAGACUGUCCACUGAGUACUGCAAAUAUGGUAGCCAGUCAUCGGAAACGAAAAAGAGCUGAAAUGGAAAUGCUUUAA